CGAAGCUAUAAAAUGAGCUCUGAAACAGGCUCGUCAUUUCAUUCACCUCCUGAUCAAAGAUGGAUCUGCAAAUCUCAGUUUUUCUUCUGUUCAUUCUUUUCACUGCAGGACACUCCUUCAGCUGUUAUGAGUGUAUGAGUACGACGGGUUCUUGUGCAAAUCAAAAUCUAAAAACAUGUCCCAGUGGAUUUUCCAAGUGCAUGAGUUUUACAACAGUGAUACAAGUUGGUAUAGUGAAGUUUAAAGAUUGUGCUGCUGACUGUGCAGUUGGGUCCAUGAACAUCGGCACUGGAAAUACGUCUUUUGUGUGCUGUAACACAGACCAGUGUAAUGUCCAAGAUGCUCCAGUUCCCUCUAAUGUCCCCAAUGGAAAGAAAUGUUACUCUUGUGAUGAGAAGAGCUGCUCAAACAUAUUGAGCUGUUCAGGAAGUGAAGACCGCUGCCUUAAAGCAACAGGGACUUUUGGAGACCAGUCGCUGGCUGUAAAAGGCUGUGUCUCUAAAUCUAUUUGUGAUGCUGAAACAUCGUUGUUGAGAGGUGUUGAGAGGAUCUCAUGCUGUUCGGGGAACCUGUGUAACGGUGCUCAGAGCGUCACUCAGAGCUUCCUGUUCCUCUGCUGUUCUCUGCUCUCCUUCAUCCUGCUGCACUGAAUCCAGCAGCUCUUCACAGUCUACAAUCAGACACACUGUACUGAAUAUAGAGCUUGUACUUUCUUCAAAAAUGAAGAUGGCUUUAAUGUUUCUAAUGGUAUACAAAGAACAAGGAGAUCACUAAAUUAUUUAAGCAUACAAUAAUUAUUUUUUUACGUUACAGUUUUUGGUUUUAUAAUAUAGGGCAAUAGAAUGACAUUUUAAUGUAAUUGUUUGAGAUGGUGGCAUUUAAUUUGCUUAAACAAAUGACCUUAGAACUUCCUUUUUCGCUUUAGCUAUUAUUUUCACAAGAUCUUGUUUUCGUUUAUGGCAAGACACAAACAUACCUGCUUUUCUUGCAGCAGCUGCAGAAAGUUUGAGCAGAUAAAUGAUCUGAAACUACUAAUACUGUAUUACUCUGUUUGACUCUUUCUUUGUCAGAGAGAAAAAGAUGAGCUGCAGCCUUGACCUGAAUAUGUAAUAGAGCAAUGAUUCCUGAUCAGGGGAAACUUAAACAGGUUUCAGUGUGUAAUUGUAUUUCUGUGGUUAUUUCAUAAAUUUUCAUGAAUUUGUUCAUUUUUUGAAUUUGUUCAUUUGUUCAGAAAAUGCAUGAUUGUCCCCAGCUCAAAAGAAAAUGUUGAUAAUAAUUGUAAUAAUGGCCACUUUAAUAAUACUAAUAAAAAUAAUGCUAAAUGA